AUGUCUGCUACUGCCCAACCAUUCGAUGCUGAACAAGCUGAUAACUUAGAAGAAAUUGAAAUGCAAUUUGCUGUUAAAGCAGUUGAACAAGCUGAAACUUACUAUUCAUUAUUGGAAAAAGUUAAAGGUUCUACUUUAAGAUUGACUAAACACGAUGAUGACAUUUUUAAUCAAUUAUUAGAAGAUUUCCCAGAAUAUAAAGAACCAAAGAAUGUUUCUGUUAUAAGUGAAGAAGAAAUGAAGAGUCCAAGUGGUAAAGCUAAAUGGAGAGCAUUUUGUGAAAAAUUCAACGAAAUUGCUGAUUACAACUUUGGUACUUUACUUAGGUUGAAAGCUAAUGAAGAAUAUUCUCAAGAAAACACCAUGUUUGCUGUUAGAAUUCAAUUCUAUGCUAUUGAAAUUGCUAGAAAUAGAUAUGGUUUAAAUGACUGGAUCUGCAAGAAAUAA